AAAAAUUUGAGGUUAUACCAAUCUCUUGCAUUUUACUUUGAACUUGUUUUAAGUUGUUUUUGACAAAAACUUCAACAAAAUGAAACCUAAAAUAAAUAUAUCUGAAAGUGUUGUAAAGAGACUAAAAAAUUCAAGUAACAGCUGUUGUGGAAAACUAUAUGGAAUAGCCACACAAUCUGAAAUAGUCGUUUUGGCAAUCUGUGUUGAUCAAAAUGAUGUUGAAUUUAAAAACUGCUUACCUGCAGGAAUUGAUUUUUGUGGAAUAUUUAAUAUUGCUGAUGAAGCUUCGCAUUAUGAUCCAGAAAUUAUUUCUAAUGCUGUAUUUAUUGGAGGCGUAGUAGGAAAGAAUGAUUUAAAAGUACAUAUUGAAGAAAGUGGCAAAUAUAUUUCAACCCUUUUCAAUGUUGUUCUAGAGCAACACAUUAAUAAUACAUAUUUUUAUAUUCGAACAAAAGGACAUAUACCAUUCCAAUCCGAAUUUACAAAAGAUGCUCUUAAAGAAACCUUUGAAACUUUACAUAAAACCAUUCCAUCCGAACUGGUUUUUGGCAUUUUUAAAUCAAACAUCUUCUUCUCUGCAAAUGAAAUUAAUGGAGUCGAAGAUAACAUUAGCCUAAAAGAAUUAUGUGAGGAUUCUUUUAAUAUCAACGAAGACUUCAACAAGAAGAAAGUAACUAAUGUGAAGCCUACUGUAAUAGAAUUUAACAUUUUACGAAAACUUACUACUAAUAAAUCAAGUGAACUCAUUAAGGAUCAUGCACCAAUUGGUAUAUUAGAUAAACGUAAGUUAAUUAAAUCUAAUGUUUUCAUACAUUUCCUAUUUAUUGCUUUAUUAGGUCCUACAAAGGUUGUUAAUACAACACUUGAGCUGGAUAGUCUUGCUGUCGUCAAAAAUGACAUUAAAAUUAAAAAUUUAUACAAUAUUAUGCUAGAAAGUAUUAAGAGACUAUUAAACAUACACCAAGCUAAACUAUUGAGCUUCUUAAAAAAUAGUACAUCAACAAAAAGUUUAGUACAUCAAGUUUACCACUAUUAUCCUGAUGAAUGCCAACAUUUCAUAACAGUUUUAUAUGCGAAAGAUCAAUCUGAAUCUGAUUUAAAAGCCAGUCGUCUACUUCUUCAUAAACACUUAGGACUGCAAACAAAUUCUCCUUGUUUUAGGAGAUCUAAUCAGUACAUGUUUGAGAAGAAUUUGAAUGGACCCUUAAUUAAUCCUCACGAAGGGCUUAAACCAACUCUUAAUGAGGGAGUCGUGGCAUUAGUUAAAGGAAAAUACGAAUAUUUCCAUUAUUGCCAAAACAAAAUGGAUGAUAAUGGUUGGGGUUGUGCAUACAGAUCACUGCAAACUUUGGCUUCAUGGUUCAAACUUCAAGGAUACGUUAAUAGAGAAGUUCCGACUUUCUCAGAAAUUCAACAAUGCUUAGUCGACAUUAAAGACAAACCGUCAAGUUUCGUUGGAUCCAGGCAAUGGAUAGGCUCGACUGAGGUAAACUUCGUAUUGAAUUCGUUACUGGGAAUCGAGAAUAAAAUUUUGUACGUGAGUUCCGGAGAGGACAUGCCAUCAAAGGGACCGGAACUAGUAAGCCACUUUCAGAAUCACGGGUCUCCAGUGAUGAUAGGCGGCGGUGUUUUGGCACAUACAAUAUUAGGAGUUGAUUAUAAUCAACAAACAGGCGAAAUUAAAUUUUUAAUUUUGGAUCCACACUAUACAGGCGAUGAAGAUCUGCAUACAAUACAAAGUAAAGGAUGGUGCGGUUGGAAAAAUGCAACUUUCUGGGAUAAAAAUUCUUACUACAAUAUGUGCUUACCUUUAGUACCUAGAGAGGUGUAA